CGCCCCUCCUACUUCCCAAAAAUCGAAGCUUUGCCUUGGCCCCGGCUCCUACCCCCAGUCACAGGUCAGAGCAGGCCCUUGACUGUAGAAGUCAAACUCCACCCAGGAACCCGCUGCCAGGGUCCCACUCAGGACUACAGCCGCCCAGCUUCCCUGCCCAUCCACCCGUGGUAGCCAUGCAGCAGAUGGAUUUCCCUCCCGGGCCUGGAGGGUGCAAUUUCUGAGGCCUGUGUUUAUUUUUGCGACUUUGGUUCAAGCAUCAGCACCCCAACGCUUGCGGCACUCUGCCAUGUUCCCCUUCACACUCUGAAGGAAGCUGCUACGAUCCCUGGAGCUCCUCACUCCUCAUUUGGGGCCCUUUUGCUCCCUCAACCUCAGGAUGUCACACUAUUAGGAAGAGGAUGUCCCGCAGCCUAGGGUUGCCCCCCCCAAUGCCAAAUGUGAGUUACAGGGGCACCCCCUUUCUCAGAGGUGACAGCCAACAUUUCUCCCCACCUUCAGUCACUCUGAUGGACACAAGCCUGGCACAAGGAGAGUUGGGCUGGCUUCUGGAUCCUCCAGAAGAGGGGUGGAGUGAGGUGCAACAGAUGCUGAAUGGGACACCUCUGUACAUGUACCAGGACUGCCCAGUACAGGAAGUUGGAGACACUGACCACUGGCUUCGCUCCAAUUGGAUCUACCGAGGGGAGGAAGAUUCACGUGUCCACGUAGAGCUGCAGUUCACUGUGCGCGAUUGCAAGAGCUUCCCUGGAGGAGCUGGGCCUCUGGGCUGCAAGGAGACCUUCAACCUCCUGUACAUGGAGAGUGACCACGAUGUGGGCAUUCAGCUCCGACGGCCCUUGUUCCAAAAGGUAACCACAGUGGCUGCAGACCAAAGCUUUACCAUCAGAGACCUUGCCUCUGGCUCUGUGAAGCUGAAUGUGGAGCGCUGCUCCUUGGGCCGUCUGACCCGCCGUGGCCUCUACCUUGCUUUCCAAAACCCUGGUGCCUGUGUGGCCCUGGUAUCUGUAAGAGUGUUCUACCAGCGCUGUCCAGAGGCCGUGCAUGGCUUAGCCCAAUUCCCUGACACUCUCCCUGGCCCUGGAGGGUUGGUAGAAGUGUCUGGGACCUGUCUGCCCCAUGCACAACUCAGCCCUGGGGCUUCAGGUAUACCCCGCAUGCACUGCAGCCCUGAUGGUGAGUGGCUGGUGCCUGUGGGCCAGUGUCACUGCGAGCCUGGCUAUGAGAAAACCAGUGACAGCAUGGGAUGCACUGCCUGCCCUAGUGGCUCCUACAGGACAGACAUGGACACACCCCAUUGCCUCAAAUGCCCCCGACACAGCACAGCAGAGUCUGAAGCGGCCACCCUGUGCACCUGUGAGAGUGGCCAUCACCGAGCCCCUGGGGAGGGCCCCCAGGUAGCAUGCACACGUCCCCCAUCAGCUCCCCAAAAUCUGAGUUUCUCUGCAUCAGGGACUCAGCUCUCCCUGCACUGGGAACCCCCCACAGAUACAGGAGGACGCCAGGACAUCAGUUACAGUGUGGAGUGCUUGCAGUGCCAGGGCACUGUGAAGGAUGGGGCCCCCUGCCAGCCCUGUGGAACAGGCGUGCGCUUCUCCCCACGGGCUGUGGGGCUCACCACACCAUCUGUGCAAGUGGAAGGCCUCGAGCCUUAUGCCAACUAUACCUUUACCGUCAAAUCCCAAAACGGAGUGUCAGGGCUAGACAGCUCCAGCCCAGACAGCGCUUCCCUCAGCAUCAACAUGGGGCAUGCAGAGUCACUCUCAGGCUUGUCGCUGAGGCUGGUGAAAAAAGAACCCAGACAGCUGGAACUAACCUGGGCAGGAUCUCGGUCCCGAAGUCCUGGGGGAAAUCUGAGCUACGAGCUGCAUGUGCUGAACCAGGAUGAAGAAUGGCACCAAAUGGUUCUGGAACCCAGGGUCUUGCUGACAAAACUGCAGCCAGAUACCACAUACAUCGUCAGAGUGCGGACACUGACCCCACUGGGCCCUGGUCCUUUCUCCCCUGACCAUGAGUUUCGGACGAGCCCACCAGUUUCCAGGAGCCUGACCGGAGGAGAGAUCGUGGCAAUCAUCUUUGGCUUACUGCUUGGUAUAGCUCUGCUGAUUGGAAUUCAUGUCUUUCGUUCAAGGAAAGGCCAGCGGCAGAGACAGCAGAGGCAGCAUGAGCAGGUCACCGAAGUUGAUCGAGAGGACAAGUUGUGGCUAAAACCCUACGUGGACCUCCAGGCCUAUGAGGACCCUGCACAGGGAGCAGAUUUUGCCCAGGAACUGGACCCAGCCUGUCUGAAUGUGGACACUGUCAUAGGGGAAGGAGAGUUUGGGGAAGUGUAUCGUGGGGCCCUGAGACUUCCCAACAAAGAAUAUAAGACUGUAGCCAUUAAGACCUUGAAAGACGCGUCCCCAGAUGGCCAUUGGUGGAAUUUCCUUCGUGAAGCGACUAUCAUGGGCCAGUUCAACCACCCACACAUUCUGCACCUGGAAGGUGUCAUCACAAAAAGAAAGCCCAUCAUGAUCAUCACAGAGUUUAUGGAGAAUGGAGCCCUGGAUGCCUUUCUGAAGGAACGGGAGGACCAGCUGGCUCCUGGGCAGCUAGUGGCCAUGCUGCAGGGCAUAGCAUCUGGCAUGAACUACCUCAGUGACCACAAUUAUGUCCAUCGAGACCUGGCUGCCAGGAACAUCUUGGUGAAUCGGAACCUGUGCUGCAAGGUGUCUGACUUUGGCCUAACCCGCCUCCUAGAUGACUUUGAUGGCACCUAUGAAACACAGGGAGGAAAGAUCCCCAUCCGUUGGACAGCCCCAGAAGCCAUUGCCCAUCGGAUCUUCACCACGGCCAGUGAUGUGUGGAGCUUUGGCAUUGUCAUGUGGGAGGUGCUCAGCUUUGGGGACAAGCCCUAUGGAGAGAUGAGCAAUCAGGAGGUGAUGAAGAGCAUUGAGGAUGGGUACCGGUUGCCCCCUCCAGUGGACUGCCCGGCCCCUCUGUAUGAACUCAUGAAGAACUGUUGGGCUUAUGACCGCACCCGUCGGCCCCACUUCCUCCAGCUCCAGGCACAUCUGGAACAGUUGCUUACCGACCCCCACUCCCUAAGAACUAUUGCCAACUUUGAUCCCAGGGUGACUCUCCGCCUGCCCAGCCUGAGUGGGUCUGAUGGGAUCCCUUAUCGAAGUGUCUCUGAGUGGCUUGAGUCCAUACGCAUGAAGCGCUACAUUCUGCACUUCCGCUCGGCCGGGCUGGACACCAUGGAGUGUGUGCUGGAACUAACGGCCGAGGACCUGACCCAGAUGGGAAUCACACUGCCAGGACAUCAGAAGCGCAUUCUCUGCAGUAUUCAAGGGUUUAAGGAUUGAGUGACCACCACAAAGAUGCCUGAGCCUUUGGCGCCCCCCUUCAUGAGCAAGGAAAGGGCCACAGUCACUCCCUGGGCCUUUCCUCAGCCUAUGAGACACAGACUAUUGGUGCUGCUCCUGCCCACUCAUCCAGGACUCUGCCUUUGGACCCAGGAGCCUUUGUUUUUAAAAGGGAGGUGGGGGUACAAGAG